UAUAACUUGAAAAAUGAUUGGCGAAAACAUUCAACACGGAAAUACCGUCGAGUAUGCCGAAAAACGAUCCUCUACGGGUGCUGUUGUGAACCUGAAGAAACUAUUGAGGACGGUUACACGCAUUUUCAAUCUCUCAAAGCCCAAAAACAUGGCAACGGAUGAGACCGGCAUCAAAUCCUCAGCAUUUGCGACAGAGGAGGAACUUCAAAAUUGGCUCAACGAACAGCUCGAACUCAAAGAGAUGUCGCUACGCUAAUGGAAAUCUGCAGAAGUUCCGGACAACCUGUGAUGGGACUUGUGUUGCGGCACGAUUCCAAAACCGGCGAAAGGCUUUAAAUAAGUUCUGUGAUAGCGAGAGUACGAGACUGAAAUCAUGGCUCUUGCCAUUUGUACAAUAUUAAUAGCUCAUUAAUUAGCCUAAGUACCUGAUCA